AUGGCGGUUUCGCAGGCCUUGCGUUUGACUUGGCAGCGUCCGCCAAGCAUGUUGAACUGUGUUGCCUUUUCGAACGUUGUGGUCUUUGUGGCGGUUGCGACAAGUGAGGCUGGUGUGGAUGAGGUCCCAUUGGACUCCAUGAGUCCAGCAGUAGGCCAUGGUGUUGCCGGCCAUGUCUUUGACGAAGUAUGGGCUGCUGUUGGUGUUGGCAUUGUUGGCUUGAUGCUGGUCGUGGAAGCCUGCUUGCUUGGUUGUGAUGGAGCAGAGGCAUUCGGUAUUGGCCUUGGCGAAGAAGGUCUGUAA